AUGGCACACAUUUCAAAAACCCAAUUUCUACAUCAACAAUCAGAUGAAUCAGAACACGAUAUACUCCAAGAAGAUGAAGGAAUUUCAUCUGAACAAACCCUAGACAACACCAUGACUAACUGCUUUACUUUGGUUGAAGACGAUGAUCUCGUGAACGUGGAGGAGGAGGAAGAAGAAGACGUUCCUUACACCUUCAAUUUCGAUCCGUUUUCUCCGCUCAAUUCAUCGUUUUUCGUUCCGUCAUCUUCCUCGUCCUUUUGUUAUCACCACCAACAUCAUCAUAAUCACCAGGUAAAAUCGAAUUCGAAUUCGAAUUCAUGUUCGUGUUGCUCAUCUGAAUCGGAAUCAGAAUCCGCAUCCGAAUUUCCGGAUUCAACUGUUUAUCCGGAUUGUUUGUAUGGUGACGAUGAAGAAUACGACCAAAUGGAUUUCAUCACCGAUUUGUUCGACUCUCGUGGAGAUACCGAGCUUGUUUCUCGCCGGUUUUCGAGCACCGAUGUAGGAAUCAGCGUUUCUGAAGGUAGUCCGAUUGAUGACGACAACGACGAUUUCGUUUCCAGUAAUAUCGAGCAUCUAGGGUUUGAAGGCGGCGGUUUAAGAGUCGUCGGAAUCGAAUCGGACUCAGAUACAGAAGAAUUAGGUCAAGUUAACGAUAGAUUUCAACACAGUGAACCGAAUCUCGAACGUUUUUGGGAUUGUUCAUCUAUCGAGAGAGAAGAAGCAGAAGCAGAAGCGACUUCUAGGGUUGACGAGAGAGACGGAUUAAGUUCCGUGAUUGAUCGAAUCGAAGAGAUUUCCGUUUCAUCUGAAAUUUCCUCAGAAGGAGACGCCGCCGUUGGGGUUUUGGAAUGGGAGAUCCUUCUAGCUGUCAACAACCUUGAAAGAGACCUCGAAUUUGAAACCGAAGGAGGUGAGGGUUUUGUUUACACAGCUGAAUUCGAUACUCUAAUUGGUCAAUUCGUGGAGACUGUUCGAGCUUUAAGAGUUUGUAAAGAUGAAAUUUCGAUUGAAGAGAAAGUGACAGAGCUUCCAUGUCGUCAUCAUUACCAUGGUGACUGCAUCCUGCCAUGGUUAAACAUUCGUAACACAUGCCCUGUUUGCCGAUUUGAGUUGCCCACAGACGAUGUUGAGUAUGAGAGAAGCAAGAACAGAGUCGAUGCUGUUGUUGUUGAUGAUGAUGAUGAUGAUGUUGAGCUUCGAGUUGGUGCCGAUAAUCUGCUCUCACCUCCUCCCAUCGUCGACGUCGUACAACAUUGUUGCCCCCAUCAUCGACCUCAUACACACGAGUUUCUCACAGCUUCUGAUAUCGACUUCUACCACCAAGGUCAGACCUCCGAAGCCAAUCUCCGACAACAUUAG